CGCCCCCCGUCCCGGCGGCGGCGGUGACGGGCACGGCCGGGGCCAGCGGGGCUCCGUGAGGGACAGAGGCCGGGACCGGGAGCUCACUGCAGCAUGGCAGAAGCCUCUGUCUCUCCACUGAAGCACUUUGUGCUGGCCAAAAAGACCAUCACUGCCAUCUUCGACCGGCUGCUGGAGUAUGUCACUGAGGGAGCAGCGUUUGUGGAAGCCACAUACAAGAACCCAGAGCUUGACCAUAUAGCAACAGAAGAUGAACUAGCAAAAAUACAAGCAUAUAAAAACAAGCUGGCAGUCAUUGGAGAGGUGCUCUCAAGGAGACACAUGAAAGUGGCAUUUUUUGGCAGAACAAGCAGUGGGAAAAGUUCAGUCAUUAAUGCAAUGCUGUGGGACAAGGUACUUCCCAGUGGGAUUGGCCAUACAACAAACUGCUUCCUCAGUGUGGAAGGGACUGAUGGAGAUAAGGCUUAUCUGAUGACAGAAGGAUCAGAUGAAAAGAAGAGUGUCAAGACCGUCAAUCAGCUGGCUCACGCACUCCACAUGGAUAAGGAUUUGAAGGCUGGCUGUCUCGUCCAUGUCUUCUGGCCCAAGUCCAAGUGUGCCCUGCUGAGAGAUGAUUUGGUUAUAGUGGACAGCCCUGGUACAGAUGUCACUACAGAACUGGACAGCUGGAUUGAUAAGUUCUGCUUGGAUGCUGAUGUGUUUGUCUUGGUUGCCAAUUCUGAAUCAACUCUCAUGAACACGGAGAAACAUUUUUUCCAUAAAGUGAACGAACGACUUUCCAAGCCAAACAUCUUCAUCCUCAAUAACAGAUGGGAUGCUUCUGCAUCAGAGCCAGAGUACAUGGAAGAUGUGCGGAGGCAGCACAUGGAGCGCUGUCUGACCUUCCUGGUCGAUGAGCUCAAAGUUAUUGAUCCUGUGGAGGCAAGGAAUCGCAUCUUCUUCGUUUCAGCAAAAGAAGUUCUGAGUGCCAGGACACAGAAGGCCCAAGGAAUGCCAGAGAGUGGUGGAGCACUUGCUGAAGGAUUUCAAACAAGAUUCCAAGAAUUUCAGCAUUUUGAGCAGAUAUUUGAGGAGUGUAUCUCGCAGUCAGCCGUGAAAACCAAGUUUGAACAGCACACUAUCAGAGCUAAACAGAUAAUAGAUACUGUGAAAGACAUUAUGGACACCAUAAACGUUGCAGCAGCAGAGAAAAGAGUCCAGUCCAUGGAAGAGAGAGAAGAUCAGAAGGACAGGCUGGACUUUGUGAGAAAUCAGCUGAACAUUUUGACAGAAGACACCAAGGAAAAGAUCAAACGCGUUACUGAGGAAGUCGAAAACAAAGUCUCCUCUGCCAUGACUGAUGAGAUUUGCCGGCUUUCAGUUUUAGUUGAUGAAUUUUAUUCUGAUUUCCACCCUUCUCCUCAAGUAUUGAAGCUCUAUAAGACAGAGCUGAACAAACACAUAGAAGAUGGUUUGGGGAAGAACCUGGCUGAGCGCUGCUCCACUGAAGUCAACCAGUCAAUGCACCAGUCCCAGCAGGAGAUGAUUGAAAAUCUGAAACCAUUGUUGCCUUCUAGUGUUCAGGAUCAGCUCCACUUGCUAAUUCCAUGCAGGAAGUUUGAUCUUAGCUAUGAUCUAAACUGUCAUAGCCUGUGUGCAGAUUUUCAAGAGGAUAUCAUGUUCCACUUUUCUUUGGGAUGGACUUCUCUUGCAAACCGUUUCUUGGGUCUUAAACAAGCUCAGAAAGUACUCCAGGGAUUAACAGAUCCAAACCUACAUAUCCCUCGUCCUUUAGCCAGCACCCCGUCUGCCGCCAGCCUGCCCGCCUUAACUCCCGACAGCGUGCCCCAGGAGGAGUUCAUGGUUCCCUUGGUGUUGAGUUUGGCCUCGCUGACAUCCCGGACCUCCAUGAGCAUCAUCAUUGUUGGUGGAGUGAUUUGGAAAACCGUAGGCUGGAAACUGAUCUCGCUGUCGCUGAGCAUGUACGGGCUGCUGUACCUGUAUGAGAGGCUGACCUGGACCACGCGGGCCAAGGAGAGAGCCUUCAAGCAGCAGUUUGUCAACUACGCCACCGAGAAACUGCAGAUGAUCGUCAGCCUCACCAGCGCCAACUGCAGCCACCAGGUGCAGCAGGAAAUGGCCACUACUUUUGCUCGGCUGUGUCAGCAAGUGGAUAUUACUGAGAAAAACCUGGAAAAAGAAAUAGCUAGGCUUUCCAAAGAAAUAGAUCAACUGGAGAGCAUACAAAGCACCUCCAAGCAGCUGAGAAAUAAAGCCAUUCACCUCGAGAACGAACUAGAUCGCUUCACAAAACAUUUUCUUCAAAAGAGUAAAUAAAACAUCAUUGUGAACCUU